AUGGCGGAGGACGGCUCUGGCUGCCAGGUGCCCCGCCUGGUGUGGCGGUGCGUCCCGAACGCUCUGCCCCUGCUGUGUCUUGCUAUGGGGAUCUACUGCUUGCUCUGCAAUCUCGUACUGUGCCCGCAGCAGCAGCAGCUCCGGUCACCUGGGUGGGACAUAGCUGAGCUGCAGCUGAAUUACACAGGACCUCGGCAGGACCCCAGGCUGCACUGGCAAGCAGGCCCAGAACUUGGCCGCUCCUUCUUGCAUGGACUAGAACUGGACAAUGGGCAGCUACGUAUCUGUCGAGAUGGCAUCUACAGGUUGCACAUCCAGGUGACACUGGCCAACUGCUCUUUCAGGCGGACCACCACACCCCGCAGUGCCUCCUUGGUUGUGGGCAUCUGUGCCCCCACCACCCACACCAUCAGCCUACUACGCCUCAGCUUCCACCAGGGUUGUACCGUGGCCUCCCAGCGUCUGGUUCCUCUGGCCCAAGGGGAUAUCCUCUGCACCAAUCUCACUUUGCCACUGCUGCCCUCCCAAAAUGCUGAUGAGACUUUUUUUGGCAUUCAGUGGGUGCACACAUGA